UACAUCAACUAAGGAGUGGGAAACAAAGUUCGUGGGAGGAUUAGGCAGCAAGAGAUUUGGGUUCAAGGGAUUAUAGAGUAAUGGAUCUGAAAAUGGGAUUUGGGGGAUUUAAUUUUAAGAGGUGAGCAAUGGGGCUGGUCGGCUGGGUGAGGAUUGCAUGAAUUUUGGAAAAGUGGAGGAGAGAAACCAGCAAAGAGUGCAUUGGAGAGGGCGGUGCAUUAGGGAGAAGCAAAUUUUUGGAUGGUUUUUGGUUGAUUUUAAGAGGGGAACCAGUUAGGGCUAGGUUUAGUUUGUGAUAUAAGAAUGAAAUUGGAGAUGUUCGGUUAUGUGGAGAUUGAUAGAAAUAGCACUGUGAUUGGGGGUAGUGUUGAUGAUGAUUUCAGUUUGAAUUUAUGGUAGUUCGAUAUUAAUUCUUGGAAUAUUGUGAUUAGGUUUUGAUCGUUCUGUCACCGUAGCACUUGGGUUAGCCUUCUGUUCUGUGCGAGUGAGGUAAGUAAAUUAUGGUAAAGCCCUUUGAUUUUAAAGCAUGUUUUAAACUGUUUUUGAGAUGGUGGCAAGGUUUAAGUUGAUUUUAAAUUGAUUUUAUCAGCAUCUGAACGUGAUUAAACUGAAAUGGAAAUUGUGAUGGUUUUUAUGAGAAUUUCCUUGUUUUUCUGAAAUUGAGCAUGAUUGGAAUGAAAAUGAGGAUUUUAUUGAUUUUCUGGAAAUGAGCAUGAUUGAGAAAUGAAAAUGAGAAUUUCCUUGUUUUUCUGGAAUAGAGCAUGCCUAUUUGGGAAUUGACGGAACUGUUUUGAUGAACUGAGAGUUUGCAAAUUCUGAGUUUUCUGUUAAAUCCAUGGCCACAUGGAAUCUUUCUGGUUAUUUCUGAAAUUGGGAUUGAUUGUGAAAUUCGGGUUUUCUGUAAACUCUGCAUACUUUUGUCUCGGAUAUAGUCAUGAUUACUGAUUACUGUGCCCGCUAGUGGGAGGUUUAUAAACGCUAGCACAUGUCGACAUGUUUACUGAUAGAACCGGUUCACCCUAUCAAUGGGGUUAAACAUUGGUAAUUACUGUCGCCUGCCAGUGGGAGUUGUAAACACUUGGCACCAUUACUGUCGCCUGCCAGUGGGAGUUGUUAAACACUGGCACUUCUGUAACCUUGCCUAUGGGGUUAAACAUUGGCAACUACUGUGCCCGCCAGUGGGAGGUUUAUAAACGCUGGCCAUGACUUAUAGACGAGACUACUGAACCGAGUUUUCUUCUGCAUUGACGGUUUGUCAUGAAAUGUUUUGUUACUGAACUGAAUCUGAUUUUGUAUUGACGGUUUAUCAUUGAAUGCUUUGCAAUCGAACUGAAUUUGAUUUUGCCAUUGAGCGUUUUGUUAUAUUAAACUGUUUAUCUGGCAUGCUAAAGUUUUACUCAAGGGCUAUCCAUAUUUACUUACUGAGUUAUCUCAUAGUUUUCCUUGUCCACCAUUUCAGGAAGCGAAACUGAGGACGGGGAAAUCGAGGGGAGUGACGAAUUAGAAGGCUAGCCAUUCAAUUGGGGUAUAAGUUUUAGAUUUUAUCAUCCUUUUGUAAGGUUGAUUUUAUUCUUGAGAUUUUGUGAAUUGGAUAAGUUCCGAGCCUUGUGUAUUUGUGGGACCCGUCUCACGAGUGCACGGCGUCUGUCGCGCCUCGGAUUUGGGUUC